CACUGGGUGCAAGUGUUCGGUGGAGGGAGGGGGGGUUGAGGUUUGCAACCUCCCAACGGCUCUCUCAGCACAUAAAAGAAGGGUGAUUUGGGUACUCGUGGCUUAGCUUCUGAUCUCAGAAGACACGCAGCGCAGAGCAGAAGAAAAGAAGAGCCAAGACGGAAGGAUGAUCGUUGAGUUGAAGGAAGAACACAGCGCCCCUGUCUCUGAGAACCGCCGAGACUGAGUCAGAUUAUCUAUUUUUCGUGUUUUUCCACAAAUUGGGGCCAACAAUCUGCAAAUCCUGUCAAGAACUGCUGUGGUUUUGACCUGGUUGAUGAGAAGAUCCUAGAUGUCCAGAAGAUGUGAGUUGCACCCGUAAGAUGUCAGUUCUGAAGCUGAAAAACUUGUCGAGCAGAAGAGACAGACCUCAGACACAGACAUCAAGGCAAGGGGCUCCAGACAUGGAUCUUUGUGAAUGGGACAUUAGUGGGACAUCCAGGUUGCCAUCGAGAGAAGGCACGUUGUUCGGCUGAACAACUCCUUAUCCAGCAAUCAAAGUCACUUUGGGAUUCCAUCUGAGUCUCUGUUAUGGAAGUGGAGUGUGUUCGUGAAGGCUGCCAGUCAGAAACCCUGCGGCAGAUGGCAAGCUCAGUGCCAGAGGCCCGCUGUUUGACUGUGGUCUUCAAAGGACCCCGGAAGAGCCUGGAUCUCCUUUGUAGCAGUGAGGAGGAGGCUCAGCGCUGGGCCCGGGGCCUCCGAACCCUGCAGGAGAGAGUGUACAACAUGACCCACAGGGAGAAACUGGACCAUUGGAUCCAUGCUUUUCUGAGUCGGGCAGAUCAGAACCGUGAUGACAAGAUGAGCUAUGAAGAGGCGAAGAAGCUGCUGCAGCUGAUCAACAUUGACUUCAGUGAACAAUACGCUCGCAGCCUCUUUCAGAAAUGUGACCGGUCCACUGAUGGACGUCUAGACAAUGAAGAGAUUGAAGUGUUCUGCAAAGAAUUGCUACGCCGUCCAGAACUGGACGCUGUCUUCAUUCGUUACUCUGCAAAUGGCUGUGUCCUUUCCACUGUGGACCUGAGGGAUUUCUUGAGGGACCAGGGGGAAGAUGCCUCAAUCACACAUGCUCAAAGCCUCAUUCUCACCUACGAACUCAAUGAGUGGGCCCAGAGAAACCAUUUCAUGACCCCUAAUGGUUUUACAAUGUACAUGCUGUCUAAAGAGAACUGUGUGUUCAACCCCGAACACCUGAGAGUCUACCAAGACAUGAAACAUCCGCUAUCACAUUACUUCAUUUCCUCUUCCCACAACACCUACCUCACCAAGGACCAGCUGACUGGGGAGAGCAGCACAGAGUCAUAUAUACGAGCUCUGAGUCAUGGUUGCCGCUGUGUGGAGCUGGACUGCUGGGAUGGAGAUGGUGGAGAACCUCUCAUCUAUCAUGGCCACACGCUUACAUCUAAAGUGCCCUUUGUGGAAGUGAUCAAGACCAUCGACGAGUAUGCCUUUAAGGCAUCUCCCUAUCCCCUAAUCCUGUCUCUGGAGAACCACUGCUCUGUGGAACAGCAGACUGUGAUGGCUCGACAACUGAAAUCCAUACUGGGGGACAAGCUGCUCCUUAAACCCCUCAGUGAACUGGAAUCAUCUUCUUUGCCAUAUCCAGAGGAUCUGAAGGGUAAAAUUUUGGUCAAGGGUAAGAAGGAGAGGAUGAUGGAAGAAGGGUUUUCCGGUUCUUCAGACUUGGACUCAUCAGAAGAGGAAGGCAGUGUUGGAAAAUCCUCAGCAAUGAAAGAAGACAAGAAGGCCCAGGCAGGCGUGUCCAAGCUGAGUCCAGAGUUAUCAUCGUUGGUGGUGUAUACUCGCAGUGUUCCCUUUAAAAGCUUCGACUAUGCUGCCAAAAACCCACCAACUGACAUGUCUUCAUUCUCUGAGAGUGAAGCCCUCAGGCUUAUCAAGGAUUCAGGGAUGUAUUUUGUACGUCACAACUGCCAUCAGAUCAGCAGGAUCUACCCCUCAGGCCAGCGCCUUCAAUCAUCCAACUACAAUCCUCAAGAAAUGUGGAAUGCUGGCUGUCAGAUUGUUGCCCUGAACUUCCAGACAGCUGGUGAACAGAUGGACCUAAAUCGAGGAAGAUUUUUGCAGAAUGGUCUUUGUGGAUAUGUCCUAAAGCCCUCUUUCAUGAGGCAGCCCAACACUUCUUUUAACCCAGAGAAUGUUGGAGGUGGUCCUGGCCACAGACCCAUCCUGCUCACUGUUCAGGUAAUUUCAGCUCAACAGCUGCCCAAACCAGAAUGGGACAAACCCAGCUCCAUAGUGGACCCUCAGGUGUGGGUGGAGAUACAUGGAGUUCCCAUUGACAACAUUAAGAAGAAAACUAAUCAUGUGGACAACAAUGGCUUUAACCCGCGGUGGGACUGUACCUUUAACUUCACUGUUCAUGUACCUGACUUGGCUCUGGUUCGGUUCGUAGUGGAGGAUCAUGACUAUACCUCUAGUAAUGACUUCUUAGGACAGUUUACACUGCCUUUCACUAGUCUUCGCACAGGGUAUCGCCAUGUGCGUCUGCUGAAAUCGGAUGGUUCCAGCCUUUCACCGGCCUCUCUCUUUAUCCAUGUUAAGGUCACUUAAUCAGCAGAACCACGGGCUCGGUCAACGGCCAAGUCUUGAGCAGAGAAGCCAUGACCUCAUCUCCACCCUAGUGCAACUUGGAGGUUUGAAGAUUUGUGCCUGGAUGUAAUUACAGGAUCUGGCCCCUGACCUCUAAACAUCAGGAGUUGAACUGUUGAUGCAGUCAAACUGAGCUCAAUUUCUAAUAUGUUCACAUGAUGGCUUUGCAAAGCUUACAGCCACGCAUGUUUUUAAAGGAAUGCCAGUAAAAAUGAGAUUCACUGUUAUUGGUUGAUACUUGAAGACAGACAUCUUUAUUUUUAACUCUGAUUCAUGAUUGUUCACACUUUUGUAUUCCAUGAGACAAUGACCCCACUUUGAUAUUUUGGAAUACGCAGUAUACUUACUGAACCUCAAAAAAGACUCGUACAUGCUUGGGCGUACUGUACACAUACUGUGCAGGCUCUCUGUGGACGUUUUAACAUUCAUAGUCAUGCAUAUCUAUUGUUGGCAGAAGUGGCUACACAGCAGCUAGACCUGUUAUCCCAGAAGAUAUAUUUUGGCAGCAGAAACAGGACCCCACACUCUAGUUGCGUUUGUGCCCUGAGAGAGGAGGGCCGGGGCAUACCCGACCCACCUGAACUCUGCUUUUUAUUAACCAUACCACGUGACAAAACCAAUUCAUACAUCACUUCCUUUUACAAAUCUGUGAAAUAAAAACAUAAAUCAGAGCAUAAA